AUGGCUGUGCUUACUGAUCUUCCUCCAGAAAUCCUUUUCGAGAUCUUUGAAGGGCUUUCCAUCAGUGUGGUUGCCCGUCUGGUUGCAGUCUACAAGUCCUUCAGCGACCUGGCAACGCAUGUCGUCGUCGCACGCUUGCGUGAUCUCAAACUCGGCUUGAUAUGGAAGCCCGAGACAUUCGCGAGGAGGAGGAUGAACGGGGACGCAAAGAUUUCUAAGUAUUUAACGUCGAAUUAUCAAAAAUCCAAGUACCCGGCCACGUUUGCACGCAGUCUCGUUAUUGGGUUGUGUUAUCCCGAACUAAUAUUCCCUUUGAAUUUGUCGCGGUAUCUGCCGAGGUUCACUGGAUUGAUUAACCUCAAGGUCACACGCGUGUCUGAUGAUACUGAGUUCAUGAAGGUACUUCUUGGUUCUACGAAGCAUUGUGGAAGACUAGAAGCUUUGUAUCUUCAGAACGGGACCGAAAUUCCUCUCCCUGCUUUCCAGUUGAACGCGGAGCGCAUGGUCAAUGCGUUUCGAAGCUUUCGCGGGAAGGGCAGUGUAUGGUCAAACUGA